AAGUUGUCAACCACCCUAUCCAGUGAACUUCAGCGGCAACUGUUUCAAACAAGACUAAAGAAUAAAAGAAGAGGGAAAGCCAGCUUUGCAGCACUCAAACUCGACAUGAGCAAGGCGUACGAUCGAGUUGAAUGGAGUUUCUUGAGGGACAUGAUGAUAAAGAUGGGGUUUAACUCUUCUUGGGUCAAGCUCAUUAUGAACUGCGUCACCACGGUUCGUUAUCAAAUAAAGAAAGCGGAGGAACGUGGAAAAAUAAUAGGCAUCAAAGUAUGCAAAAGAGCUCCAAGCAUUAAUCAUCUCCUCUUUGCAGAUGAUUCUUUACUGCUCUUCAAAGCUGAAAAUAGGACUGCAAUAGAGAUAAAUCAUAUCCUGGAGACAUAUGCUGGUUGCUCAGGUCAAGUAAUCAAUAAGGAGAAAUCUGCCAUAAUGUUUAGCAAGAAUACCCAGCAUCAGCAGAAGAAUAUGAUCAUGUCAGCAUUGCAUAUUACAAGGGAGGCAAGAACAGAGAAGUAUUUAGGGCUGCCAGUGUACAUAGGAAGAUCAAAAGAAAAGGCAUUUGCCUACCUCAAAGACAAAAUUUGGAGGAAAGUUCAAGGAUGGAAAGAAAAAAUGCUCUCAACGGCGGGUAAAGAGAUUCUAAUAAAGGCCGUAGCCCAAGCAGUCCCGGUCUUUGCAAUGGCAUGUUUUGAUCUGACCAAGACUUUAUGUAACCAGAUUAGUGAGAUGAUCUGCAGAUACUGAUGGAGUAAUAUGGACAAAGAACAUAAAAUCCAUUGGGUUAGUCG